AUGAGGAGGCCCUCGUUUCUCUCCUUGCCGCUGCCCUUGCAGCUGCUAUUGCUCCCUCUGUGGCUAUCGCUCACCAGCGCCCAGAUGCUCCCCGCAGCCGCCGCCUCCUCGGGGCCUAGAGGCGUCCCCGCUUGCCCCGAGGCGUGUGAGUGUGCGCCAGGUGGACAAGCCAACUGCUCAGCGCGCGCACUGCCCGCUGUGCCUAAGGGUCUGAGUCUGAACGUGCGCGCGCUGCUGCUGGACCACAACCGCGUGUGCAUGCUGCCGCCCCGCGCUUUCCAGGGCGCGGGCGCACUACUGCGCCUGGAUAUGCGCGAGAACGGUCUGCGCGCUGUGCACGCACGUGCCUUCUGGGGUCUGGUUGAGCUGCAGCAGCUCGACCUUGGCUCCAACCAGUUAGAGGCGCUAGCGCCGGGGACUUUCACGCGGUUGCGCGCGUUGCGCAACCUCUCGCUUGCCGGCAACCGUCUGGCGCGCCUGGAGCCCGCGACACUGGGCACACUCCCGCUGCUGCACGCGCUGAGCCUGCAAGACAACGCGCUGGCGGCGCUUGGGCCUGGCUUGUUGGCCUCCCUGCCGGCUCUCGUUUCACUGCGUCUGCGCGGAAACCCCUGGGCUUGUGACUGCGCGCUGCGCCCGCUCUGCAGCUGGCUGAGCCGGCACCCGAGUCUCCCGGAAGCCGACACCUUGUUCUGUGUGUCCCCGGGGCACUUGACGGCCAGCCCCAUGACCGCCUUCACCGACGCCGCCUUCAGCCACUGCGGCCAGCCAUUGACGCUGUGGGACCUGGCUGUCGUCUCCGUCCUGGGACCCUUCUCCUUCCUCGCCAGUUUGGCCUCCUGCCUGGUGCUGGGCUCCGUGCUCACCGCUUGUCGUGUUUAUCGGCGUCGCCGCCGCCGCCAAGCCGUCGCCCGCCGCCCACCCAGUAGACCACCGGACCCUAAGCCCGCCACCUCUCCCGCCGUCUCCCAGAGUUCCGCUGCUGCCCACACCUGA